AGCUUUUAAAUUGACGCCUCCACCCCCCUCCUCUCCCCUCCGCCGAAUUCUCUCCCUUUUUUCCUCUCUGUCAUCGCCGGCCACUUAACGACGAUCUCAAUCAUGGGAGAGAUCGAAGAAGCAUCCACCGGCGCCGACGAGAUGUCUCCACUGUUACCGAACCCGAAAACCGACCCGAUUCCGUCAACCCGGACUAAAUCUGUUAAGACCAAGGUCCGGGAGAUCAAGGUCCAUCUGUAUAAGCAAGGGAAGGGUCCGAUCGACGAAUUCACGUCGUCCUUAGGUGGAUGGGAACAAGACCAGCUAGAGGUUCGUGAUAUUAUAGACAAAUACGGGCUUAAAUCGGUCUAUGCAUUCAAACCGGAGACGGGCCGAGGUGUCCCUAUCAGAUUCAAUCCCCGUAACGGCCGAUCGAUUCUAACCUAUAGAGAUGGAUCCGAGAUCCAUAUUGAUGGAGAACCUAAGGACUCGUUGAUCCAACCUAUUACCAGGAUAUUGGUUGGUGUUGCAGUGAUCACCAUAUUGAUAGUAAUGGUGAUGAAAGAAUCUCCAGAAUGGGCCAAAAAGUUGAACAUCACUGGUGGUAAUAUCCCACCAUGGGUCCUGGCUGCUGCGGUUAUUCUGUUCACACGCAUAAGGAAGAGGACUAAGGAUUUCUUUGGAAAACGCCCGUGAUGAACUGGUGCUUAACCACAGGCAACUGAAUUUUCUCAAAAAUUUUGCAUGUUUUGUUUGUGCUUUAUACUAUAGUUUUUGGAUUCACAUGUUAUAUAUAAGCUAAUCUAAUCUUAUAAUCCAGUCGUGUGCAUGCCUUUCCUCCUUUUA